AUACUCUUUAACUCUAAUUUUUCUCAUUUUUUUUUAAUUUUCUUCUUUCUUUUCGAGAAAAUGUCGAAUAAUGAGAAUCUGAUCAGGCUUGACGCUCAGUAGUUCUCUCUUCUAGGAAAUUUUUCGCAUUUUGUUGCGCAUCUCAGAACCACUGUUAAUUAAUCGAGUCUCUCGAAUUUUCUCGGGAAUCAAACAGAAAGUCAAAUCCUCAUCCAGUUCAUUACUGUAAUUUAGGAUUCAUUUGCUAAUAUCAUGUUCGAUCGAACAGGAGAUUGUAACUUCUAAGGCCUUGGAAGAUGAGCAGCGUCGAUUUGGUGUCAGCAGUAAACGAUCUCUUCUGUUUCCCCGAAAGCAUUGAGAAAUACAUGUUCCCUCGACGUUCUAAUGAAGCGAGAGAAGAACAGGGAAUGAGCAACAUCCCAGUGGACGUCAUGGACGCCCCCAACGAGUACAUUCUCUACAUGGAUGUGCCUGGCUUGAACAAGUCUGACAUUCAGAUUACGGUUGAAGAGGACAAGACAUUGGUGAUCCGAAGUGGAGGAAAGAGGAAACAUGAUGAAGUGGAGGCGGAAGGAUGCAAGUACAUAAGGCUAGAGAGGAAAGUACCCCAAAAGAUGUCGAGGAAGUUGAGAUUGCCGGAGAAUGCCAAUGUUUCAGCCAUAACAGCCAAAUGCGAGAAUGGGGAACUUACUGUUAUUGUUGAGAAGCUGCCUGCACCCAAGCCCAAGAGUGUUCAAGUCGCCAUCUCUUGAUUCAGUUGCUUUUCUAGCAAGAAACUUUAAUUGCUGGAAUCUGCAAGUCUCUUUUAGCUAUUGGACUGUAAUGAUUUCAAGUGUAGCUAGUUUUGUUGCAAAUUCAAGAGUUUGUUGUCUAGUCUGUGUAAUGUAAGCACAUUGUUAAACUUCAAUAACUAGAGCUCAAAAGGACAACAAUGGAGGAUUUUGUUCUGAAUCAGUAUUGAUGAUUA